AUGCAACGGCAGAAAUUGGAUCUGUGGAAACAAUGGGUUGCAAAACAACAUGCGCUUAUGAAUAUAUAUGGUGAGGAGGCGUGGUUUCAACAUUUGUUGAAUAAUGUGCAGGAGGCGACCGUACCGCAAACACGCGAAAUACCUCGAGUAGCAAAACACUUAGAACUGGAAAAAGCAAUGGCCGCAGAACAUGUUCUAAGAGUGAGAAAUGUACCGCGGAAGCAACUGCAUCAUCCACCGCAUAUGAAAAAACCGUUAACCACUAAAAUAUGGAUACUGAUCCUGGCAUUAGUCAUAGAACACUGCGAGCUCGAAAGCCGUUUGCAGGACAAGGAGUAUUAUGUGGAUGACCUAUUGCAAACGUGUUAA